AUGGGCACUUGGACUUCUCAUAUGAUCGCACCUGCCUCGGAUCUCAUUCCCAUUCCACGCGAAGCGAAAGAGAACCUCACAGACGUCAUGGGCUCCACCUUGAUGAUCAACCCGGCAACGGCGAUUUGCAUGCUGCGAGAAUUUGAGCAGCUAAAGAAAGGGGACGUGAUUGUGCAAAAUGCGGCCAAUUCUGCUGUGGGACAAGCGGUGGUGCAGCUAGCAGCUCGUGUGCUAGGCGUAGAGACGAUCAAUUUCGUACGAGACAGACCAGACUUGCAAAGCUUGCGCUCCGACUUUGAAGAGUGGGGAAGAGGAGGACCGGGAACGCACGUCUUUACGUACGAGGCCUUGUCCAGUAGGGAAACGUCGAGCGAGACCAAGGAUGCGGUCAAGCGGAUCGCCAAUGGUAGACCUAUCAAGCUGGCUCUGAAUGCCUUGUGCGGAAAGGACACGACGAACAUGUCCAAGUUGCUCGCACCUUCCGCUUCGCUCGUCACGUACGGAGCCAUGUCGCGCUCCCCUCUAUCCCUACCCGCAUCCCUCUUGAUCUUUCGAGAUCUCAAAGCAAGAGGCUUCUGGAUGACCACGUGGUAUGCCAUGCACACGCGACAGCAACGCGCUGCUCUGACUGCCGAGUUGGCGCGCUGGUAUGCCGAGGCGAUCUUGGCUCCGCCAAAGGCCAACAUCAUCACCCUCACGCAUGAUCAGCAGAGUGGAGAGGCGCAAGGACAAGGUUGGGGGAAAAAGGGCGCUGGGAAAAAGGGCGCUCUGAGCAAGCGCGCAAAGUACGGGGGGCAGGCAGGCAAAGAAGAGGGGGGGGGGACGUUGAAUCCCCCUUUGAUGGAAGCACGUGUAGAAGGGCAAGGGGCGAAAGUAAGUCGCAGUGGGGGCGCAAAGACAGACUCCAAGUUUGCGUUGUGA